CUGCUAGAGUUGGGUUAAUGUUAUAAACAGCUGUUUUUUUUCUCGAUUUUAAGACUCAUGGCAGAAUGCAGGGAGAGUAGAACAACAUGUUGCACUCAGUUCAUUCGUGGGCUUCAGUGCGUGGAGAUAACUUCCAGUAGCCUAUCAUUUGUGAGUUUUUUCUUCUUCUCCAAAGUGGCGUUUGAUGAGGUAAUGUCUCGGAAAUAAUGUUAUUUCCAGUGGCAGUAUCAGCAGUAGCUUCGGGCCACACUAGUUUUGUUUUUAAACUUUAACCUAGCAUAGUCUUGCUAUCGGUUGGGACUUUUGUCGCUGGGCUUAGCACAAGUUGUGGAAAACCAUGAGGACAGAGGAGCAUCUACAGGAAGGGAUCGUUUUGCCGUGCGGGACAGGAGAGCGGGGCGGCUCAGAUCCAAAAUGAUUGAGCGUCUCCUGGAAUGGAGCCGUGUGUUUUGACCCACUCUGCCAUCCUGCAAGAAGUAUAGCUCACCGUCAGGAGGGGGCAGCGGUCCGACCGGCGUGGAGGGACACGGCGGAGGGACUCCUGGCCGCCGUGCUCAAACACAAACAAGACCGCUUGGCUUGAUGUGAGGCGACUUGGUUUUGGAGAUUAUGGUUGGAUAAGGCCUGCUGUUCUUUGGCCGCUGGUUCGCCAACGAAGGAAUAGACUUGUGCUUCUUUGAUUUCACUGCUUUCACUGUCGCAUUGUGUGGAUAAAAACAUUUAAAGGGAGACAGCGUCAGAAAGUUGAGAAAUUAGCUGUGAAUUUACGGCCACUCGAGAGUGCUCACGCGCGCCUGCGCAAUUACGCACGUACACAUACACACGCGCUCUCUUUGUUGUGAAGUUCAAUCUCCGUUGAAAGUCCGACAUUUUAAUUCCCGUUAUUGUCUGAACAAUUACAGUUUGGAUGAAUGUGUGAGGAUGGUGGAGAGCCGGAGUUGUGUCCAGAGGGAGGGGGUGUACCGCUGGUUCUCCUGCCUCACCUCAGCCCACAGAGCCGAUUUCCUGUGCGGCCUUCUGGACCUCUGCGUCCCCAUCGAGCUCCGCUUCCUCGGCUCCUGCCUGGAGGACUUGGCCCGCAAGGACUACCACUCCCUCCGGGAUGCAGAGAUCAAAGCCAACAACCCCGCCGACCUCUCUGGCCUCACCAACAUCACGGACGAGGUGGUGCGCAGCAAGCUGCUGGUGUCCCUCGCCCUGCUCGGCUCGGACAACAGGGAGGCGGCGGGGGUCCUGUACCGGACCCUGACUCACAUAGACACGGUGAUCAAUAACUACGGCUUGGCGCUGAAUGACGGGAGGACCGAGGAGCAGUUUCUUUUACUGUUUACCAUGGCCUCUUACCACCCGGCCUUUAGCUUCCACCAGAAGCAGGCGCUGAGGCAGCAGCUGAGCCAGAUCCACGACAUCCUGCAGGUGAGCAGGGGAGGAGGAGGAGAGGCCCAAGCCGUGGGCCCUGGCGGGGGUCGAUCUGCCGCGUGUUGUGCUCAGCCACAUUACCACUAUCACCAUCAGAGCGUGUCCCUGCCUCUGGCCUCGCUGCCCCCCGCACCCUGCUCCCCGCCCAAUGCCGGCGCUGCCUACCUGCCUCUGUCUGCUUGCCACCCCUGCCACACACACUGCAGCUGCUGGCACAAGAGCCAGACCAAAGAGGCCAGAGCAGGUUCAGGGCUCACUGCGGGACGACAAGACCAAGCUGUCAGCCGGGAGCUUCACCCUCCACAGCCGGACCUCCAUCCCCCUCCUCUUCCUACCCCUCCACCACUGCCACCUCCUCUACCUGCUGGACAGGGCCUGGAUGCAGCAGCACCAACCAAAAACCACCAGGGGAAAGCCGGAAAAGUGGUGAUUGAGAGAGUGGUGCUGAGAGGAGUGACACACACGUCUGAAGACACUAGUGAUUAUGUGUUCGAGGCCAGCUGGUCAGAUGGGUUUGUGUCAUCGGUUGUCAGAACUCGGCAGGAGGUGACAGAGCUGCUGAGCCAGCUGUCACAAGAAUUUCCUGAUGACGGAGUGGAGAAAUUCCUCCCGAAGUCCAUAGACAUGGAAGCCAGGUGUCUGACAGCGCUGCCCUGUCCUGCCCUCCAGCACCACAGUGUCCAGCUGUUCUUCACCUCCACCCGGCCUCUCUCACCCAACUGUCCUGCCUCCCUCCCCUCCCCCCUUCCUCCAUUACCCUCCUCCCUUCCUACGGCUCCUGUAGCCCCAACCUGCCCAUUUACCUCCAGCUCUAGUCUUGACUGUAUGGUUCAGUACAGAGGAGUGAACAGGGCGGUGUACAGAGUGGCUAGCAUCCAGCCCGUCGUCAGCACCCACAGCUCUGUCAUGCCUCGCCCCUUUCCUCACCUCUCCUCCCUCCCUCCCCCUCUUUCUCCCUCCAUUCCUCCUCCACAGAACUCCCCCCAGCUGUCCUCUCUCCCUCCCCCUGUGCCAUCUCUACCCACCCCGUGCCCCAUGACUGGUGGAGGGGAUACCUCCUCCCAGCCACAUCCCCAACACACUCCGUCCCACUCAUACUCCCAGCACCACCUACAUCCACAAAGCAGCAGUCAGUCUCUGCACCUGUCCCAUUCCCAUCCAACGUCCCACUCGCAUUCCCAGUCCCUUUCCUACCCCCAGUCCCAUUGCGUGUCUCGUUCCCAGUCCCUUACCCAGUCCCAGUGCCAGCCCAACACUCCAGAGCAGAACGGCAUCCUGGAAUGGCUCCGCAGGCUUCGGCUCCAUAAGUAUUACCCCGUCUUCAAACAGCUGACCAUGGAGGAGUUUUUAGCGCUGACAGAGGAGGACCUGGACAAGUACGACCUGACCCAAGGAGCAAAGAAGAAACUCAAGACUCAACUAGAGCUACAAAAGACUCAACUAGAGAUACAAAAGGAGAUGAAGAUGGAGAAGCGACCCUGCAGCAGCAUCGCUAGGGUGACGCCAUCCAGUCACAUGGGACCCUCAACACAUCCCACCUCCACUGCAGGUGUGUCAGGUCUGGACGCAGCGGGAGGGGGUCCAGAGAAGGACCGGUCCUGUCUCUUCAUCCUGAACUCCAGCUGCCCUGCAGGCUCCGCUCGCCCCACAGCCCAGGUUCUACCUGUCCAAACCGAUCCAGCUCCUCCUCCUCACCCUCCAUCCUGCUCCUCCCACCUCCCCCUAGGCCUCCCUCAGUCUCCCUACCACCCACAGGCCAGUUACCCCCAGACCCUGCUCUCCCCAGUCUCAAACCCAGCACGCAUCCUGACUUCCCCUCGUAAACCCAGGCCCCCUCCGCUGUGCACAGACGACAGGACCAAGCCGCUGGGCUCGGGCCUGCCUGUAGCCGCGGCAGGCUUCAGCCCAGGGCUCAGUGUGGGGGUGGGGCUAAGGCUGGAGAACCUCUUCUCUGGGCUGAACGUGGAUAGCUCCUCCACGCUCCAGGACUCGCUGGUUUGCCGUGGCAUGGCGGGGGGUGCCGUGGGUCUGAUGGUGGAAACCAGUUCUGCUCUGACUUCCACCUCCAACAGCCUCCACCACGUCUCCCACCCCCCUCUGCACUUCCACCUCUCGUCCUCCUCAUCGCCUUCUCCGUCUGGAUACUACUCCUACCCGUCUACUUCUUAUUCGUCGCCCAUUCCCUCCACAAAGUCUGGCAGUUCCAGUAGUGGUGGUGGCUGUGGAUUUGUUCCUAUGGCAACCGCAAGCAGUGUUCCUGUGGCAGCUGUGCCCUGCAACACUUACUACCCGUCCCAACAUACCUCUAGCCCCUCCCCUUCCCCCUCCUCUGCCUCUUCAUUGGAUCAGAGUCCAGGUCACACCCCCUCCAUGUGUGUGUGCAGCUUCUGCGGUUGUCGGGGGAACUGUGGUGCGUACGGGGCGUUGCCUGGAUAUGCAGCGGCCGGCUACCUGCAGCCAUUCUCGGCAGGCCCGUCGCUCUUCACCCUGGGUCCUCUGCUCCACCUCAGCCCCCUGCUUUCCUCAUCCAGCACCACCGGCGCCACGCCCUUCUCCUACCCAAUGAUGGUGCCGCCGCCCCUCUACAGUGCUCUGUCACAUGACCAGCAGCAGGGCUUUGCCAUCUACCAGCCCCAUGGCAUUGUGGGAAACGGAAGCCAGAAACGAGCAGCAGGGAAUGUGUCGUGUUAUAACUGCGGUGCCAGCGGCCACAGAGCAGAAGAAUGCAAACAGCCGGCCGUGGAUUCCGCACAGCAAGGGACAUUUCGACUGAAGUACACUCCUCAUUCUGACAGUAAGGACUCAGGGGACUAACCAUCAGAAACACUAGUGGAUUUCAGAUGUCAUACUCCUGACACACCUGUACCUCAUGUUCCUGCUGAAGCUAGUGGGCAGCAGCCACAGACCACCUUCCUCUGAGUAGCCAAAUGUCCAAAUGACUGUUGAUCUGAAAGCACAGACCCAUUGUGUCUUUUGUAAUUCUUUUACAGCAGCUUACUGAGAGAUCAGAGGAGGACAGAAAAGAAACAGAUUGGCGAGAAGAGGAGAGGCGCGGAUGUCACAGUCUGUGUCGUCAGAUUAGCUUUAAUCCUUCCUCCGUUCUGGAGAUCUGUAAAGUCUGGCUCGCUUUGUUUCAGAGAUGUAGCUAGAACUCUCCCUGUCAUGUUACCUAUUAUUGUGCACCGCAACCAGAGAGUCUCCAAAUCACCUUCCCAGCUAAAUGACUCAGCAUUUAUAGUUUUCUAGAUGGCUCACAAACCAAAGACUCAGCAUUCCAGAAUCCCCAUAACAUCCUGGGCACUUGGUCAAGUGCAUUUCUACUUGUCUGAAAUCAUGCCUUUAUUGUGACAGACUAGAUGCCUUGGAUAAAUGCCCAACCCCAGUGUUGUUUUCCCUUUGACUGGCUCUGCUGGUAUAAAACAUCUCAUACUAUCCUAUUCAAAGCCUCGAAGUAGCUCUUUUAUACAGUAUGUCUUGGGAUAAGAUCUGUUCUCUAUGUGUUGUACAGUAGAGCCCAGUUACUGUAGUUAAAAGCUGUGUUCCAGUUCAUACUACAUAUUAAUUAUAAGUAAACCCUGUAUACUAAUGUAGUAUAUGGGUUUCCAGCUGGAAAUCAACAGACCUUUGGUUUUACACUGACAGGAAAUUUUGUAAUGCUCAUUAAGCAAAGGCAAUCAAAAUCCAAAUUUUUAACCCAACUGCCAACAAGAGAAUAGUUGGAAAAUAGUGUCCGUCAUUAGCAUUUUUAGUUUCCACAUUGACUGCUACAUACUCAAAAGCUGCUUAAAAUGAAUGUGUAAGGAUUUGGGACACAGAUAAGAUUGACAGAGUUUAAACUAUAUUCCCUUCUUGGUCAUUGUCCUUGAAGUGAAGCAAAAGGGGUGGAGUGUGUGUGUGUGGUGGGGGGGGAGUUACCUUCAAGGUACUCUGUGGUAUUUUUUAACUCUUGUAACACAAGGGAGUAAUGUACUCAAAUGUCCAAAGUGAAUACAACAGCUUUGCCAGCCCAAAGUUAGAGUUCCACAACUAACGUUACACAUAUCCUAUACAAGUAUAAUUGUACUUGUACACAAUUGUAUGUGCAAUUUGUGUCCCCCUCAAUAAUUGCUCUUAAGAAAUUUAAGAAGUUUAUUGCCGCCCCUAUUAGUUAGAUGAAAUGUAUACCCAUGACUAAGGAUCACAGUACAAGUUUGAAUCCAACAUACGAUGGCUAUGAGUCAAGAAAUGUGGACAUGGGGACACAGCGUAACCCUCAUCAUUGGAGUGGGUGUGGACAGGUGACACUCUGAAACUGGAAUCCCUUUUCAGCAGCUGAGGGGUCACAGAGGGAUACUGCACCAGCCACCUUCUUUUUCCAUGAAAGCCCUUCCCCUUAGGGGCGAUCUGCAGUACAGCCUCUCUAUCUCUGAGCCAGCCUGAGAGCAAAAUGCCCUCCUCUAUGCCAAGACAAUCAGAAUGCACUCUGAAUAUUUCCAGAAACGUUGUGUUUGCAUUGUUAGUUCACACACCAGUGUUCAUUUCAAAGUGCCAAUUUGUUUUCACUUCAGUUUGAUGAUGUUUGAAAUUUCAAGGUGGUGUAAUGUAAUGUUGAGCAGCCUGUAUGUUAAUCGUUAAGUUGUACUCACUCCCGGAGAGAUGGAGUUGACUCUAUUUGUAAUUAAUAAGCACAGUCUUUAUGCAAAUGAUAAUUUAGGACUGUUCAAAUUGGAAAGAUUCUAAGUAAGUUGGAAUAUGUUUCACAGUGUAUUCACUGUGAGUGAGUUACUGGGCCGGACCCAGAGUACUACAGACACGAGGCCAGCUGGUCCUUCAGAUGAAACUCUAUCUGUACCCCUGGAGGGCACAGCACCCAUUUCAAAACUGAACUUCCAGUAUCUGUAACAAUUUCUGUUUGAUGUUUAAAAUAAGACAACAAUGUUUUUUUGUAUUAUACAAUAAAUGUAUUUUCACCGAAAUCAGGGGCUCACAAUCAACCAGCCAGACGUUGAUUGUGCAGCUCAGUUUUCAUUUACAUUUCUGUAAAGAUGCUUUCUGUCUUUACAGAAACACUUUGUACAUUUUGGUUGCACAAUACAAGAAAAAAUUGCCACCAUAGAUACCAAAGAGUGCCUUCCUUUGAGGUUUGUAGACCUCAUUUCCACUGCGUGGUUCAGCUAACAACAACUACGGAAGACGAUAAGGGCCA